UGAUACCAGGAACUUGGCUUGACAGGAAGGAGGGGAUUAGCACGGAAACCAUCAGCUUCACACUGAAAUCUCAGCAGCUCAGCCAAAGCCCACCUUGAACGUCACCUUUACCCACCUCUUGAGGCAGCCAGACCACCGCAGUAGACAACUCUGGAUAAUGGAGCUAAGCGAUUCUCAGAUAAAACCUGAUCCCAGGUUUCCACCCAGUCUUUUCCAGUUGCUGACAAUCAACUACAGCGUUCCAGUCGAAUGCCUUUCUCAUCCUCCCACAGCAGCCCAGCUCCUGACUAAAUUGAACUCCAUGGAGCUGGCUAUCACAGGGAUCCUGACAUUAUUCACGGUGAUCUCUGUCAUCAUAUACUUGGAGGACGCCAUUUACCUGUACAAGAAUACAAGAUGCCCCUUCAAAAGGAAGAACCUAAUGUGGACUAGUUCUGCUCCAACGGUAGUAUCUUUAUUUUGCUGCUGUGGACUGUGGAUACCCCGCUCCCUGGUGUUCGUGGAGAUGGCUGUCACCUCGUAUUUUGCCAUUUGCUUUUACUUGGUGAUGCUGGUCAUGGUGCAAGGUUUUGGUGGGAAGGAAGCAGUACUGAGGACGCUGAAGGAUACCCCGAUGGUAGUCCACACUGGCCCAUGCUGCUGUUGCUGCCCCUGCUGUCCCCACCUCAUUCUUACCAAGAGGAAGCUGCAGGUGCUAGUCCUGGCCCCCUUCCAGUACGCCUUCCUCAAAAUGGUCUUUGUCCUGCUGGGGCUGAUGCUGAUACCUGAUGGCAUCUAUGAUCCGUCAGAUAUCUCUGCAGGGAGUACAGCCCUAUGGAUGAACACUGUCCUUGGUGUGUCCACCUUACUGGCACUCUGGGCCCUGGGCAUCGUCUUCCGCCAGGCCAGGUUACACUUACGCGCUCAGAACAUGGGAGGCAAAUUUGCCCUCUUUCAGGUGCUCCUCAUAUUUACUGCCCUGCAACCCUCUAUCUUCUCAAUAUUGGCCAGUACUGGACAGAUUGCUUGUUCUCCCCCCUUUUCCUCUAAAAUCAGGUCCCAAGUGAUGAACUGCCACCUUCUGGUAAUAGAGACCUUUCUGAUGAGUGUGCUGACAAGGAUAUACUAUCGGAAACGAGAUGCUAAGAUGGGCUUUGAACCUCUCUCUUUUUUGGACCCAUCCUCUGCAACUGAUGCUUAAACGAAGAUAGACUGGCUCUCUCAAAACAUGGCUGGAGCCACCAAAAAAGAUCCUUCUUCAGCAAUCCAGAUACAACAAGAACAUGGAAAUUCUGUCAUUAUGCAGGCUGCCAACAACUAUAGAAAUUAAGUUGAAUAUUUUAACAUGAUAAAGUACUGGUGGGGGUAAAAAAGAAAAGAUUUUAUAAAAAAAAUUAAAUGAUGGGGUUUUGAACUCUGAAAAUGUAAGGGUUUUGGGGGGGAAGAUGGAAAGCAGAGUACAUACAGAGGUCCAACCUAAAGUCAGAAUACUCAAAAGUCCAUUUGUACAUAAAAGUUCACCAUACUCUAUCUGGGGACACAACUCAAAGCAAAUGAAAUGUAAAUUUGCUAGUAUUGUCAAAAUAUAACAGAUCCUUUGAAACUGCAAA